UGAAAAUGUGGAGCAAAUCAGUCAUUUACAUUACCUGCCUUAUCGCUCUAGGUUUUGCAUGCCCUGGGGGUUGGAUUCCUCAUGGAGACUCUUGUUAUCAUAUCUCUAAUGAAGAGGAAUCCUGGAUGGAUGCAAUGAAAAUGUGUGAAUUUCAUGGCGGACACCUGGCACAUAUUAUGGACAGAGAUGAUAAUGCAUUCAUAGUCUCUCUGCUACAAAAAUCACAUAGUACCUCCUUCUGGAUAGGAGGGUCUGAUUGGACGAUAGAAGGCACGUGGGUAUGGGAACCAAUAGGAUUGAAAUUCAAUUUCACUAAUUUUGCUCAUGGAAGGCCUAACAAUGUCAAUGGGGAAAAUUGUCUGUCAAUAAGGCUAUCAAACAGUCAGUGGGACGACGAUGAUUGUGAUGAACAUCGACCGUAUGUCUGUGAAAAAAGGCGAGGAUUAAUAUUAUAUUUAAAGAAGCAUGAUAAUCUCAAUAUUCAGUUGUUAUUGGUUGACAGAUUUACUGAUUUCAGAAUUCUUGUAGUCAAUCUGAAUAAAAUCUUAUCUAUAUUGAGAAUGUGUGAAAUACACGGAGGUGUUUUAGCUGAAGUUGACAAUUCUGAAGAACAAGCUUUUAUAGAAAACCUGCUUGCAGGAUUGCACGAUCGUUUGUACUGGUUGGGAGGGUCUGACUGGACAACAGAAGGCUCGUGGAUUUGGGAAGCUACAGGAAAAGCAAUCAAUUAUACCAACUGGCAGCAUGGACAACCUGAUAAUUCCCACAACUUAGAUCACUGUCUUGUACUGGACCGCCACUCCCAUAACAGAUGGCUCGACAGAGACUGUCACGAAGCUAUACACUACAUUUGCGAAGAUCCUAUAGCUGUAGGAUGUCCACCUGGGUGGCAACCAUUCAGGAACUCCUGCUAUCACGUGUCAUUAGAGGAGGAAUCUUGGAUGGAUGGGAUGAAAAUGUGCGAAAUACAUGGUGGUUAUUUGGCGCAUAUAGAGACCGCAGAAGAAGAUGAAUUUAUAGCUCAACAGAUGCGUAGCUAUUCAAUCAGCAAGACUUGGCUCGGUGGCUCGGACUGGGCAGUUGAAGGGACUUGGGUUUGGGAGCCAGAUGGUAAGACACUACAGUAUUCCAACUUUGCACCUGGAAAACCAAACAACUUUUUCGGUGAAAACUGCCUAGAUAAGGAAUAUGGACUACAUUAUCAAUGGAAUGACGAGGAUUGCGACUCUGAAAUAUAUUAUAUUUGUGAGAGACAAAACAUCAUCGGAAAUCUUAUUGGAUGAAUGUGUUUACUGGAUUUUCCUGCUGUACGUCAUUCAAUAAAUGAAACUUU